GAUGUCAGUAAUGAUCAUUAGGUUACCUGCACCUAGCCUUCGACCUGUCCUCUCUCGUGUCUGUGGUGCGAAAAGACUUGACGCUUUCAAUAUCUCCUCGCAUCGUACAGCACCACUGUUGCCAGCCCCAUGCUGUCUUCUAUCCUUCUUACUGUACCGUUGUUUUUCCUCUUCAUGUCUAGCUUGAUUCCCCUUUCCUACUUACCUUCUCUUCAUUCGUUACUCUCUGCCUUCUUCCUUUCGCUCUCUCGUCCUUUCAGCAAUGCGAUAUGUACUACUACGCCCACCCGCAACCCAGAGUGGAGGGUGAACUACAAGUUUGUGUGGUUACCCCCUCGAUGUCCAACGCGCCUGGUCCGGUCUCGAUGUUCCGAAAUGGAAGAAGCGCAUUAGGCCCCUGAGAAUGGCCGCUUGAAUAGCAUAACCUUCGAGAUUGAGCGACGGAUUCGCAUGCAACCAGCAAAUCAGGAACGGCCGAUAUGCAAGCGCUACUGCAAAUAAACAUGGCGCU